CCACAUAAUUUUUUACUGCACAUUAAAUAACUCGUGUUACCAAUCAGUCGGAGCCUAAAACCUAGCAAACCGCUCUUGUCAACUUCUCAAUGGACGAAUCCGUCAACAAGGGGAUGAAAUCGCUGUCACUUAAGGAUAUUAGUGAUGCAGCCAUUCCAAAAAGCCGUGAGAUAGGGAGAAUAUUCGUUUCGGGAUAUGACACGGCUCUUACUCGUGAUGUUGUCGAGAGCGCUCUGAGAAAACAUUUUGCUUCAUGUGGAGAGAUCACUGAUGUUUAUAUUCCAUCGAAUUUUAAAAAGGAUGCGAGAAUCUGGCAAAAUGCUCUUAUAUAUUUUGUGGGAGAGGGAGCAGUGGAUAAGGCUUUGCAACUUAAAGGAAGUGACGUGGAUGGAUGGACUGUCUCUGUUACUGCUUAUCCCUUUCCCAAAAAUGCAAACAGUAUCGGUGAUGUAAGAGUUGAAGGAUAUGACCCUUCCCUUAGUCAUGAUGAAAUCCUGAGCGCUAUGACUAAACUUUUCUCUUCUUACGGAAAGAUUAGUCCAGUCAUAUUUUCAGAUCGCUCAGUUAUAUUGCGUAUUCAGGGAAAAGACGCUGCAGAGAAGGUGCCUGAACUUAAUGGCAUCCUCAUCGAGGGACGCAAAUUAGAUGUUCGUCUUCUUUCUGGACUGAACAAAUCCACCCGCCACCAGCGCCGCUUACGUGGUGGUCUCAUUUGUGGCCGCAGAUACUUUCAAGGUAAGAAGAAGUUUAAGACAUCUGAUGAGUUGUAAGACUCUCUCUCUUAUGAGAAAGAGUAAAAGACAAAGCUCUCUAUCGUGUGGACCUCUCUCUUUUACUUGUUAUGCUUCUCUUGUGGAUGUUAAAAUAAACUCGAUAUUUUGUGCUGUUUAUCAAGUAUGAUAUUUUAUGUGUGGACUCAUCAUUAUCCGCCUUCGUUGUUUAUUUGUUUUCCCACUA